AUGACACAAAAGCCCCUCAAUCAAGGGUUAUCCAACAAACGGAAUCAUCGUCCCAACCCUCCUUCUAUACCGUAUGUAAUCGUCCCCAAAAAACUUGACCAGCCCUCGCUCCUCGACCGCCACCCUGCUACUGAAAAACUUCCACAAGACGUAAGCAUAUCCCACGAAACAAAGCACGUUCCCCAGGACCAGCUGCGUGCCCAGCCCCCAGAAGAAGAAGCCAAAGUAACUAGGAUGCCGCCACAGCCCGUACACGCCCGUGGUGACGAGCGUAUGCGAAUCCGCCUUCCGCGUCUGCACCGUGUGGUUGAAGCUCUGGCCCGCGGUCAACAUGGCCACGCUCCUCACCAUCUGCCCUCCCACGACCAUCACCAGGCCCGUGAGCAUCAGGGCCGUGCUCAGCCCAGAAGGGGCCCAGUGCCGGCUCGGAAACACGGCGUUGGCCAGCACGCAUUCCACACAGGCUACCGUGUGGGCGAUGGGGUACGCGGGCCAAUUUGCCGUGAGCAGGAAGGAGUGGACCGUGGCCUCGGGGGUGUUGGCCGCGGCGGUGGUCCAGAACUCGAGGAAGUGGAACGCGGACAGGGCGCAGAGGAAGAAGGGGAUGCGCCAGAGCGGCGAGGACGUCAAGGCCAGGACGAGUGCCGUGGACAGCAGGCCGAGGGACGCGGUGAAGCCGAGGGCGAAGGCGCGCAGGGACAUGCCGGCGAGGGACGCGGACUGGCCUGGGGUGAGGUUCUCGACGAGCGGCUGGCUGCGUGUCUGCAUGCGAGGUGA